AUGAAGUACUACGGUGGUGAAGGCUUACUGAAUACAGCUAUAAAUAAUUUACCUGUAGAAUUACACAUCCCAACGUACAGAUACUGUGGUCAUGGCACUAAACUUGCUGAAAGGUUAGCCAGAAAUGAUCCAGGUGUGAACGGACUGGAUGAAGCUUGUAAACAACACGAUAUAUUUUAUUCAAAAGAAAAAGAUCUGAGUAAUCGGCAUUUGGCUAAUAAGGUGCUGGCAAAACAAGCAGUGAAUAGGUUUCGUGCAAGUGAUUCGUCUUGGAAGGAAAAGGUCGCCGCAUUAGCUGUAGCAGGUGCUAUGAAAGCUAAAGUAAAACUUGGAAUGGGCUUAAAGAAACCUCUCAAAGGCACAUAA